UGGCUGCUGGCCACAAGGCUCCGAGGAAGGCAGCCAAGAGGGAAAGAAGGCCUGCCUCCUCCUCCUCCUGGCCUCUCUCUCUCUCUCUCUCUCUCUCUCUGGCGCCAUGGCCGGGUUUCUGAGGGGGCCGUUGCCCCCUUCUUCUCGCUUGGCCCUCAUCGGGGCCUCCGCCGCCAUUUUGUCGCUGGGGGCCUUGGCGGCCUGGCGCUGGAGGAGAAGGGCCCUGCGGAGGCGGAGGAGGGAGAUGCAGCGCGUCGGGGUGGUCUCCGACAUCGUCAUCUACCCGGUGAAGUCCUGCCGGGGGCUGCGCUUGGACGAAGCCGAGGUCACCCCGCUGGGUCUCCGAAAGGGGGACUUGCGGGACAGGUUUUGGUUGGUGAUUAAGGAAGAUGGACAUAUGGUCACAGCUCGACAGGAACCUCGACUGGUUUUGAUUUCUGUAAAUUCCCGAAAUGGCCACUUAAUCCUGAAUGCUCCAGAAAUGAAGGAACUGGCCAUCCCUGUCAAAACCUCUGGGAAAAAUCCAGUGAAGAAUUGCAGGGUUUUUGGGCUUGAUAUUGAAGGACGGGACUGUGGUGAUGAAGUAGCUCAUUGGAUUACCACUUUCCUGAAUUCAGAAUCGUAUCGACUGGUGCAUUUUGAGACCCAAAUGGCACCCAGAAAAUGUGAACUGAUUAAUACACCUUUUCGGCCUAUUGAUGAGGUUCCAUACAGUGACGCUGGCCCACUCUUAGUCAUCUCAGAGGCAUCAAUGGAAGAUCUAAAUACCAGAUUGGAGAAGAAACUGGAUUUGCGAAAUUUUAGACCAAGCAUUACUGUUUCUGGCUGUAGUGCUUUUGAAGAGGACACCUGGAACAAGAUUAUAAUUGGUGAUGUGGAAAUGAAAUUGAUCAUGCAGUGUGGCAGGUGUAUUUUGACAACAGUUGAUCCAGAUAAUGGUAUCAUAGACAGAAAGGAGCCACUGGAAACACUAAAAAGGUAUCGUAUGUGUGAUCCAGCUGAGAGACAUAUUCACAAAACAGCACCUUUGUUUGGCAGUUAUUUUGGUGUAGACAAAACAGGAACUGUCCGAGUUGGAGACCCUGUGUAUAAGAUAAUAGAAUGUUAGGGAGGGAAACAUUUAUCUGUUCUGUAGUACAGGAUUAAAUUAUCAUAGAGUACAAUCCUGCCAAACUUCUGCAUUUUAAAGUUCCAUUGAUUUCAGAAAGAGAAAUGAAUUACUAUAAAUGAUUUAUCUUUAAAUAACACAGACUUAGGGUGGCUUGCAUCGUCCUGACCAAACUUAUACUAGAAAAGGAGAAAGGUAAAUGAAGUUAGGCAGUUUGGGGCCAUGCUAGGUUAGGCUUUUUACCCAGGGGAUCCAAAGUCCCUUCAGUCUCCAGUCAUGCCCCCAGCAGAUAGAAGAACUAGCUCCUUCUCAUUGUUUGGAAUGUGAAUUGCUUCCCAAAUUCCUUUUCCUCUCUUUCCUCUCCUUGUCCCCCAUUCACAUAGCUUUGAAUGGGGAUAGACAACUUUGGGCUAUGGGGCCAUAUCUGGCCCUACUGGGGCUCUUAUCUGCCUCUUUGAGCAUUUCUUGAUGGACAUGUCUACUUCCCCAUGCCAUCAUCAUUUUAGUGGUUUCUCAUCCUAAAGGGAUGAGUUGCUGGCAGUCAUGGAUUUACAUUACAAUCACCUAAUCAUAGAGUUGGAAGGACCACAAGGGCCAUCCAGUCCAACCCCCUGCCAUGCAGGAAGACACAAUCAAAGCACUCCCAGCAUGAAACCAUCCAGCUUCUGUUUCAAAACCUCCAAAGAUGGAGACUCCACCACUGUUCAAGACAGCAUAUUUCACCAUCAAACAGCUCAUUCUUCCUAAUGUUUUGGAGGAAUCCCUUUUCCUGUCGUUUGAAUCCACUGCUCUGUGACCUUAUCCUUGGAGCUACAGAAAAUAACUUUGCUCCAUACUGAACAUGAUAUUCCUUCAAAUAUUUAAAUGUAGCUGUCACGUCCCUCUUAACCUUCUCUUCCCCAGGCUAACCAUACCAAGUUCGCCAAGCUGCCCCCCAUGAUGACCUUUUUGUUUCCUCAGCUCACUGCAAUUUGGCCUCUGAGAACUUUUCUGAAAUUACAUUUGGUCUUGAAGCUGAGAGGGGUUCCCUAGCCAUUAGUUUAGGAUGGGGUGACCAUAGUGGGGUGACCCUAGGAAUCCCUAAAUAUAGCUCCACAAGCUCCCAAAUCCCUAAACCCACUUUUUAAAAAAGAAAUUUCACCCGUAAACUGGCCAAAACACCCCAAAGCAGCUGCAAAUAUUAGGUUCCCCCAGAAAACCCUGAAGAAAUGCCCCCAAAUCCACCAAAAUGGUGCAGAAGUGACAUGUCAUUUCCAAUGUGGAUAAUAAACAUGAUGAUGCAGUCCACUGGGGAAAAUGGCUUUUGCCUCCUAUGCAGUUCCUUACCACAGUUUAGAAUGUAUCAAAGGCUCCAAUGUCAGAGCAUUAUGAAUUGACAGGUAGGCUUCCCUUGCUUUAGCACUUACUUUGGCAAGAUUACACAUACGUUUGCUCCUAAUUCUAAUUUAAUUUGUCUAGACAAAAAUGUUUUUAUUCUAAAAUAAAUGUAUAUAAUGUUACCAGAAAGGUUUCUUAGAGUUAAAAUCUAAAACUGAUUUCUCAAGAUAUUACUAGACUAUACAAAAACAACAACAGAGUCCCAGUGACAUCUUAAAGACCAACACACUGAUUCUAGCAGAAGUUUUUGUAAACCAGUGAUCAUUAUUUCAGGUGCAUGUUGCUAGGUUGCUAGCCUCAGUUCACAAAAUGCUUUUUAUUGUUACAUUUUAACUUGUUUUUAUGUGAGAAGCCAUAUUGUACAUCUGUUUUGGAAAGUCAGUAGACAUUUAAAAUAAAUAAUAAUAAUAA